UUUGGUACAGCAUAUUUGGGAAAUUUAGUCCUAUAAAAUAGCAAACAAUGAGAACUCCAGUUCAGCACAAUAGCAUUCAUUACAAAAUAUAGAAGUAUCAAUCUUCCUUUUUUCAGCACUCAAGUGUUAUAACUAUUAGUUUUAUUUUAGCUACCCUUUUUUCCAAUGGAGGAAAUCAACAACACACCAAUGAACACAUCAGAAACUAACAAAUGGUUAUCUGAUUUGGAAAUUGAUGAAUACAAUUUAUUUCCUGAGGAAAGCAACCUGAAUUUCCUUGAUGCUGAUGAGGAUGAGUUUGUUUCACAUGACAUAGCUAGUGUCUUUGAGGAACAGACCAAACAACAAUGUUUGACUUCAGAGUGUACUUCCACAACUCUCAGCAACUCAUUUACUGAUGAAACAUGUUUUGAGUCUUUUGACUUUGAUUUUGAUUUUGAGAGACAAACCAAACAGCUGAAAACAAUUGAUAAUGACAAUAACAUCAUUGACACCUUUUCAACAAAAGUUUCUUCAUCGUCAUCUAACUCAUCUUUUCAAUCUCAGAUUCUUUGUUUUGACCCUUCCAUAAACACACAACAGAACGAGGUAGUGUCAGUGUCUCAACCCCAAUUGGGAACAAAAGGGUCCUCAAAAAAUCAAAACUUGGAAUCACAAAACAAGAGGUCUCGAGCUAACUCUCAUGAUCAUAUCAUGGCCGAGAGAUUGCGAAGAGAGAAACUCAGCGUUAGCUUCAUUGCUCUUGGAGCUCUCAUUCCUGGCCUAAAGAAGAUGGACAAAGCUACUGUAUUAGCAGAUGCUAUCAAAUAUGUGAAAGAGCUUAAAGAACGUUUGGAAGUAUUGGAAGAACAGAGGAAUAAAAGAAAGGCAGAUUCAGUGGAGAAACAGACGAAAGCAGAUCUGUGUAGCGAUGAUGAGUACUCAUCAUCUGAUGAAAGCAUUGAAGGUGCUGCAGAGUCACAAUUCCAAGUGGAUGCAAAGGUGUCAGGGAAAGAGAUACUGAUUAGAAUCCAUUGCAAGAAGCAGAAGGGACUACUUGUUAAAAUCAUCUCCGAGAUUCAAAGAUUUCAACUAUUUGUUGUCAAAAACAGUCUCUUACCCUUUGGGGAAUCUAUCCUUGACAUCACUGUCAUUGCUCAGAUGGGAGAAGGGUACAACCUUACCACAAAGGAACUUGUCAAGAACCUACGUGAGGCAGCAUUGAAGUUCAUGUCACUGUCAUAAAAUGAAUAAGGCACGAUUGUUGUGUGCCAUUAGACAUUAAGUGCUCCUAUGUUUGAUUUUUUUUCUUUUUUAUAACAACCCCUAUGUUUGAAUUGGCUGUUAGUAGAGUAAGGUCACAAUAUGAUUUUGAUUUUGUUGAAACUUUUAAAUAAUUUUUUUUUAAUAAAAAUUGUGGUGGUAUAUUGUAAUGAAUUUCUUUUCUAUAUA